AUGGCCGCCAAGGUUUCCACCCCUGCUGAUGCGAGCAACGACUUCUCUGUCGGCUCCGUGUACUGUAUGGUCACCGGAGCCUCCCAGGGCAUUGGCAGAGCUCUGGCUGUCGAGGCAUCCAAGCUCUUUGGUCCUAACUCUGUCAUGCUUCUGUUAGCUCGUAAUGAGAAGGAACUUGCCAACACUGCCAACAUGUGCGAGUCAGAGAAUGUCAAAGUGAUGUACAAGCCUUUUGACUUGUCCACGGCUAGCUCGGAGAAGAUGCAAGAUGUGAUCAUGCAGUCUAUCCAGGGCCGUAAGGUUACUGACUUUGACGUUGUGCUGGUGUUCCACAAUGUGGGCUCGCUGGGCAACCUGUCUGUGGAGACCGACAAGAUGGAGAAUGUUCAGGAGCUGGAGAGCUACUUUGACUUGAAUGUGUUCAAUGUGAUUGCGCUGAACUCGCAGUUCCUGAAAGUGUUCCAGGAGGUGGAGGACCGUAUCAUUAUCAUUAACAUCACCUCACUGUGCGCCAUCAAGCCGAUGAGUGGCAUGGCCUACUACUGCAGCGGCAAGGCUGCCCGGGAGAUGUAUUUCCGUGUUCUGGCCGAGGAGAAAAAGCACAUUAAGGUCCUCAACUACUCCCCGGGACCUGUAGAGACAUCUAUGAUCGAUUAUGUGCUGGAGGAGGCUGUGAAUGACAACCUGAAGCAGGUGUUCACAGCCUUCAAGAGCCAGGGCACGCUGCUCACCCCGGACGUCACCGCUAAGAAGUGUCUCAGAAUCUUGCAAAAAGGCGUGUACACGUCCGGAGACCAUGUCGACUACUUUGAUGACGAGUAGAAGCUUCUCAAUUAAUGCAAUACAAUUUUCGGCCUUCUAGAUUUUAGCGUAGCUUUCGUACUAACUUUAGAGUUAGACACAAUCAAUACUUCCAUGACAUAUAAACCUAUAUUAAACUUUGUACUUAUGAGAUUAUUACAAUUAAAUAAAACAUAAAAAUAUUGUAAGAAAUUAUGCUAAAUUGUAGAUGAUUGAUGUGUGUUUGUGCCAAUUUCGCCUCCAUUACUACCACUUGUUAAUGUCAAUGUACUCAUCUACUGCUAACAUCUGCUAUAUCUCCAAGGUGCCUAUUACAUAUACUAUCUGUGGAACUCAUUACAUUAGUGGUUUCUUAUCUCUCUCAUAUCCAUGACAAUAUUAUACUUUACAUAACACUUAGAUGAAAUAACUACUUUGUAUCUGAAGUUCUCAAUUGAGUGGCUUGCUUUGAAAAUGAUUGUUAGAUAAUUAUUGUUAUUUCUUAUAUAAUAUUAUAUUAUUAUUGAAACGGAACAUUCCAGUAGUUCUAAAUGAGAUAGUAGAAAUUCAUGUUACUUAUGUACUUCUCAAUGGUUAUAUUUAGAUAUAUGUAUACUUAUAUCAACCCUUUACAUAUUAUUAUGUGUGUAAUAUUCGGAAUCUCAUAGUAUUAUAUCAUAUGAAUGGAAUUCAUAUUUAACAAAUAAAUGCAUAUCUCGAUUAA